CCACACUGCACCGCUCUCACUCCAAGCACAACACAUCGCCAUUUUCGCAGCUCGCUGAGUGGAUCAAGCCAAAGUAACUAGGUCACAAGACUGGAGCGAAAAAUACGCGCAGAUAUCUUCUCCCACACCGCGGAUCCGGUUCCUCAGACCCCCACCUGCCAGCGGAGCGCCUGAGAGCAAAUGGUAGUGAUCGGCUGGCCCGCUCGGAUGAAGUAUUCCAGCGCAGGCCCGGGCUGAGACAGAACCGCUUAUUAACUGCGACUAUAACACACACAAGAAUGAAGAGAGGACAGAAAAGAGGAGAGAAGCAGGAGGACGGACCUGGACCUGGCCCUGGCCCCGGUCCCGGUCCGGGUCCCGGUCCAGGCCCUGGUCCUGGUCCUGGUCCUGGUGCUGGCUCCAGCUCCACUUCUUGCUCCAGCUCCCCACAAUCCUGCAAGAGGCUCCGUCGAGAUGACUUAGAUGAACCUGAGCAGAAGCAGCAGCACCAGCACGAGGAGCAAGAGCAGAAGCAGCAGCACGAGGAGCAGCAGCACAAGGAGCAGCAGGAGCAGGAGACCUACAAUCCAGUGGGCGGAGCAAACUGGGUCCGUCUGCCUCAAGAGAUUCUCCUGCAGAUUUUCCAGUACCUUCCCUUACUGGACCGAGCUUUUGCUUCACAGGUGUGCAAGGGCUGGAACCAAGUAUUUCACAUGCCUGAGCUGUGGAGGUGCUUUGAGUUUGAGCUCAAUCAGCCGGCCAGCUCCUAUCUGAAAGCAACCCAUCCAGACCUCAUCAAGCAGAUUAUCAAGAAACACUCCAACCAUCUGCAGUAUGUCAGCUUCAAGGUGGACAGCAGCACAGAAUCUGCAGAAGCAGCCUGUGAUAUUCUGUCUCAGCUUGUUAACUGCUCACUGAAAACACUGGGGCUCAUCUCCACAGCUCGACCCAGCUUCAUGGAGCUGCCAAAGUCUCACUUUAUCUCAGCCCUGACCGUGGUGUUUGUAAACUCCAAGUCCCUGUCCUCACUGAAGAUAGACGACACACCCGUGGAUGACCCGUCACUUAAAGUUCUCGUGGCCAACAACAGCGACACACUCAAACUACUAAAAAUGAGCAGCUGCCCUCACGUCUCACCUGCAGGCAUCCUCUGUGUGGCUGAUCAGUGCCAUGGGUUGCGUGAGCUGGCCCUGAACUACCACCUCCUGAGCGAUGAGCUGCUCUUGGCACUCUCCUCAGAGCGCCACGUCCAUCUGGAGCACCUGCGUAUCGACGUGGUGAGCGAGAACCCCGGGCAGCAGUUCCACACCAUCAAGAAGAGCAGCUGGGAGGCCAUGGUGCGCCACUCGCCCAAGUUCAACCUGGUCAUGUACUUUUUCCUGUACGAAGACGAGUUCGGGCCGUUUUUCCGCGACGAGGUGCCGGUCACGCACCUGUACUUCGGCCGCUCGGUGAGUAAGGAGGUGCUGGGUCGGGUGGGGCUGACCUGCCCGCGUCUGGUAGAGCUGGUGGUGUGCGCUAACGGGCUGCGGCCUCUGGACGAGGAGCUGAUCCGCAUCGCCGAGCGCUGCCAGCACCUGUCCGCCAUCGGCCUGGGCGAGUGCGAGGUGUCCUGCAGCGCCUUCGUGGAGUUCGUGAAAAUGUGCGGCCGCCGCCUCUCGCAGCUCUCCAUCAUGGAGGAGGUUCUGGUGCCCGAUCACAAGUACGGCCUGGACGACAUCCACUGGGAGGUGUCUAAACACCUGGGCCGCGUCUGGUUUCCCGACAUGAUGCCCACCUGGUAGGCUAGAGCUACAGCUUCACCAUUAAUCAUCUGGAUUCACACGCCCCUUAUAGCUCAAACUAAUGCCCUCUGAUAUCCUCACUCGUCUGGAAGAUCACAAAGCGGAUGAGUAUUUCACGGAUAAUGAUUUUCCAAUAUUUAGCUCAAUUGUUUACUGAGGAUUUUUAAUUUAAAAUAAUAAGACUUGAACACAGAACACUGCAGUCUGAAGUACAAAUGGGACAACAACUACACUACAAGUAACCCUUUUCUUACUGCCCUAAAGUACUUUUACAAAAACAAAUAAUAAGACUUUUACAGGCUUGUUGUAUAUUGUCAUUUAAAGAGUCUAAAAAAAAAUGCUUUGGAUUCUGCAAGUCACUUUUCCCCCUCAUGGCCCCUCUGAGAAAUAUUUCACAAUUGUAAUAUUUGUAUAUAUGUAUGUUAUUGUUUCUUCCAUUUCUUUAUUUCUGCUCGCGCUCUGCUGCACCUUUUUGUCAUAGUUUUGUCAUUGUUCGUUCACAUCAACAGAACCACAUUAAUCGGAUCUUCUCAGCAGGUCUGUAGGUGUAUGUGUGCCACACUACUUAACAUUCAGCUUCGUCCAUUUGCAUGUCAUUACUGAUUUCAGUGGCUUUUUUUUUUGGAUUUGAGUGUACAGAAUUGUUGUCUGUGUAAAAAAUGAAUUCAGAAGCAUUUGUCGGUUUGCCAGAUGUUUAAGGAUAGCAUAAAAAAAGAAAUUAUGCAGGGUUAUGUUUAUAUCAGUUGUAAUAUUUUAGCUUCUACGGCAUACUUAAGCACUUUGUACCUAACCAAAUGAAGUAUGAUAUUGUUUGUUGAAGUGUAGAGAGAUUAAUUAUUAAAGGGUAUAUAUAAAUAUAUAUAUAUAUAUUGUAUAUUCAAAAGUGCGGGCAUAUUCAGAUGGAAAUAUGUAAAUGAAUGAAUGUUUUCAGCCUAGUGUUGUGUGUUUUUGUUUUAUUUAGUUUUUUUUUUUUUUUUAAGUGAGGUUAUUGGGUUAGUGGGGUUAUUGGUUGUAUUUGAGGCUUUUGUGUUGUAACUAGGGCUGCAAGAAGUAUAAGAUACUAAACACAAAAUAUUGGUGUGCUGAUUUGUAGAAAUAAUUAGUGGUUUACGCAACUAGUUAGAUGCUGCUGUUUGGAGAAAAGGGGUUCUUUUAUCAGUUCUAAUUAAAUAUAUAUUUCUUAUUUUCAUUAAAAUAAGCCCCAUUCGUGAUUAAAUAUGUUCUUGGUUCAAUACACUGUUCAGUUAAUGCAGUGUUGAGUGGUAGCUUAAAGGCAGGGAUGCCUAGUCUUAGAAAUCCUGCUCUUGGAAAUCGACCCCCUACGAUGAGAUCAGACACCUGGCUCUGUAAUUCAGAUGCUUCUUGCCUGAAGACAUACAUUAUCUGGCCUAGAUCAGAUAUGUAUCCAGUUUGUGUGCAUGCAAAAAAAGCAUGCAUGCUGUUUCAGAGAGAGAUGUAUGUAGAGUAUGAAUGUGGACCAUCAGAACAGCCAAAUAUUGUUUUAACAAAACAUCUGAAUUGAUUAAUGAUUAAUUUUUCCCAUAUUGCUAAAUAUAUUCACUUAUCCAUUCAAAUAAUUAACCUCAGGUGUUCCUGAAUCACUUCUAUGGUCACAGGUGUGAAGGGAUGCAGCAUCUGUGCAACAAGACCAGUUGUGAAAUUUCACUACUCACUACUAAAUAUUCCACAGCCAACUGUCAGUGAUAUUAUAACACAGAGGAAGAGACUGGGUCAGCUGAUGCUGAGGAACAUAGUGCACUGCAGAGUUACUGCAUCACUACACACCUCCAAACUUCAUGUGUACCAUCCGGUGGGUACUUUUAGCAAUAUAGUGUAUUAUUGAUGGGUAACGACACAUUCAAACAAGUGCUAAUGUUAAAAAAUGGCACUUAAUUGAACAAGUUACCAGCUUCAUAACUAGUAAAUUACUUAAGUUAUGUAUUUGAAUUGCUUGCUGCAGCCCUGCUUACAACACAUUCACAAACUUACCUGUAACACCAGAUUAAGAAUAAUAAAACAAAAAUGGCUGAUAAGUGAUCACAUUAGCCCCCAUCUGGCACAAAACAAUCAGAUAGUCAGAUAAUAAAAGAAAAUAAAUUAUACAACUACAAUGCAUCAGUGAAAUCAGUGAGAUAUGUGAGAGUUAUGAGUGCAGAUUGUGUGCAACUUACUCUAGUUUACAAGAUUCUUAAGGUAUAAAUUGCUCAGUGUAAAGGAAAGAACAGAGAGAGGAGUGAUUCAAUAGGGGAAGAGGAAAGUUGGAUUUUGAAUCAUGUUUAAAUUGGAAAAAGGCCUGAAUUCAGUAUAACCUUUUUUUUUGGAUGAUAUAAUAUGCCAGAAAUAAUUUCAACAAAUAAAAAAAAUCUAAUUUUUAGAAUAUAAUUUUAAAAAGAUUUUAGCUACUGAUAUAUGGAUUUAUAUAAUAGAAUAAUAAUGCAAUAACACCAUUUUUAAAGAACAGGGAGCAUUUGAUCAAUAAUUUUAUUUUUGCAGUUCAUACUACCUAUAAACACAGUGGAUUAUAUUAAGGUCAGACAAGAAUGAUGUAAAUCUUGUCCAUACGUUGUUGUACGAUAAGUAUAAGAUAAAAUGUAAUUAUUGUGAUUGGCCUAGCUGUUAUUUUUUGCUUGUUUGUUUUUUAACUAAAUUAAAUUUAACUUUAGAAUAAAAAAAGAUGAGGGUGGGACUCUUAAAAAAUUACUCUUAGUCUGAAUAUAUUCUCCAAAAAUAAAAAAUAAAACAAAUAUGUAUUUUAUUACUCUGUUUUACAGAAGAGUUAAUCUCAGGUCAUGUGACCUAUGUAAAAAUUUGACUUAAAAAAGGAAAUGCCCUGAUUAUUUUUAUAUGGUGGAGAGAUAUUUGAUUGUUUUUUUAGGUGUGAUAUUGUAUAAUGGAGAUGGAUUUUUUUCUUUCCUAUUCUGUUUUUUUAAUGGGGUGGGGUGGAUUGGGUGGGGGUUGUAUAUUAGAUAAGGAGAUGGGUAAUAAACACGGAUAUUUUUCCCAUUUUUUUUUUUCUUUUUUCUUCCUCGUUCUGUGUCCGGCAUUCUGAACGCUCUCUCUCAUGUAAUUUAUUUGGAUUGCUUUUGUAUUCAGUUGUGAUUUCUCCGCUGCACAUGAUUGCUGUGUAUAAUUUCGAAGCGAUUUUGACUCGUUGUGGUUGAGCUUUUCCCAGCAGAGCGAUGAUGGUGUGGUGCAGGUGAAUAAGAGAAUAAGAGCAGUAUCGCAGGGAGCUAAUGUGUAUAACUCUGAGCUCAUUGUAGACAUUCAGUGCUUCUGUGUGGCUCGAUUAUUAUUUUAUAAUCUUCUUUUUCUGGUAUUCAGAACUCUAACUGUCUUAUUCCUGAAACCUUAUUCAUUUAUAGAGCUGUGUUUCUCUCUAUCCUGAAGCAUGAAGGCCACUGCUCUGCACAUUUUAGUGUUUUUUCCUGACUAAGCACAUCCACUUUAACUCAGUAACAGGCUGGUAAUGGGCUGAGUAAUUGGAUCGGGUGUUUUGGGAGCUGAAAAUACAGUAAAGUGUGCAGGGCGGUGAUCCUCCACAGCCGGGAUGAGAAGUACUGUAAUCAGUACUGAGCGAAAUAUUUGUAAUUUUAAAAUAAAUAUAUGAGCAUUACGGUUUUCUGAAAUUUCAUCAGAUCCUGUGUGCAUGUCUUAAAACUUGAACUUGCUGUUUGUUUUUUUAUUAUUUGUUUUGCUUAUUUAAUAAAAAUUGGAUAAUUUGAUGGAAAAUUGCCCAAUUAAAAUUUUCCCUGAAACAUAUCUGCUGAUUUACCAAGAACACAAAGCGCCCUCUAAACUCCACGCAGGUUCUGUACAGAUAAAUUACGUUAAUGACGUGAUUGAGAUUAUUAUUAUUAAUCAUUUCUGAUUGCUCCCCUGCACUUUAUAGAGAAUUGUAUUCCGUUCUUGUGUAUAAUAGUAUGUUUGUAUGUAUAAAUAUUUCUCCUGAUUAUUAUUUUUUUCUCUGUAGUUAAAUGUAGUUUUAUGUAAGCUUGUUCUGAAGCUCCACUCUGUUCUUCUGAACUCUCUUUAAUGUCUUUGGCUUCAGUUGAUGAUGAUAAUGAUGAGUGCUUUUAUGUAUAUUUACUUCAGAGUUUUAACCAGAAAAAAGAUAUCCGAUGUUGUGGAAUAAAUUUUUGUGAAUGUAAA